AUGGGAUAUCCCAUGGCCGCCAACCUCCACCGCAAGAACCCCAACGCCAAAUUCGUCAUCAACGAUGUCUUCCAAACAGCCACCUCGCGCUUCGUCUCCGAGAACCCCGAUGUUACCGUCGCGAGCACCCCGAAGGAACUCGCCGAAAAGUGCAGCGUUAUCGUCACCAUGCUGCCUGCAUCGGCCCACGUCCGCGAGGUCUACUUGGGCGAGAACGGAGUUCUCAAGGGCCUCAAGAACGCCAUCGUCAUCGACUCCAGUACCAUUGAUCCCCGCACGACCAAGGAAGUCGCUGGCGCCGUCAACAAGGCUGGCUCUGUCGGAGUCGAUGCCCCUGUCUCUGGUGGAACCCUCGGAGCCCAGGCCGGCACCCUGACCUUCAUGGUCGGCUCCGAGUCCGAGGAAGACUUUGGUAAGGUCAAGCCCAUCCUGUCGCAUAUGGGCAAGAACAUUGUCUACUGCGGCCCCAACGGCAACGGCCAGGUUGCCAAGAUCUGCAACAACAUGCUCCUCGGCAUCUCCAUGAUUGCGGCCUCUGAGACAAUGAAUCUCGGUGUGCGUCUUGGCAUGGAUCCCAAGCUCCUGGCUGGCAUCCUCAACACCUCCACGGGCCGAUGCUGGUCCACCGACACCUACAACCCCUGCCCCGGUGUCCUGCCCAACGUCCCGUCGUCCCGCGACUAUGAGGGCGGUUUUGGCAACAGCCUGAUGGCCAAGGAUUUGGGUCUGGCCAUCACCGCCGCCAACGAGGCCAAGAGCACCGUGAUCCUCGGCGGCAUGGCCCACCAGAUCUACAACCAGGUCUCGAGCACCCCUGGCUUUGAGAAGAAGGACUUUUCCUCGGUCUUCAAGUGGCUGAACGAUAACAUCAAGAAGUACUAA